GCGAGCGGCUGGGUCGUGGGAGUGCGUGCGGGGUGUUUUUUCCCUCCCCUCUCCCCCACUUCUUCCCCUUUCUCUCCUCUUUCGCUCAGCGUCUCCGUCUCCUCCGUUUCCUCGAGUGUUGCAAACAGUUUCGGGUGGAAAAGUGGAGCCGGCAAGGUUGGAUGCUGUAGCUGCCGCCGCCGCCGAAGAUCCAGGCGCCCGGGGCGGAGUAGAAAGCAUGGCCGUGUCUUCUCCCCCGAUUAUCCCGGCAACUUCGAGCGGCGGCGGGGGCAGCGGCGGCACCGGCAGCGCCAGCACCGCCGCGAGCGCUGGAAGCUUGUUCCGGGCGGACGCGCUCUAUCCCUCCAGCCCGUCGGAGUCCCCGCGCCUGACGAGCAGCCUCAUCCACAGCUUCAUCGCGAGCACCGCCAACGCUGCCACUGGCGUGCCGGGCAGCGGAGCUGGAGCUGGAGCAGGAGGCGGCGGCGGCGGGAACGAGUGCAAGAUGGUUGACCUGCACGGGGUGAAGGUGGCUUCAUUCCUGGUGGACGGGCAGGAGCUGAUUUGCCUGCCGCAGGUCUUCGACCUCUUCCUCAAGCACCUGGUCGGAGGGCUGCACACCGUCUACACCAAGCUCAAGAGACUGGACAUCGCGCCCGUGGUGUGCACCGUGGAGCAAGUGCGUAUCCUGCGCGGGCUGGGCGCCAUCCAGCCCGGCGUCAACCGCUGCAAACUCAUCACGCGGAAGGACUUCGAAACUUUGUACAACGACUGCACCAAUGCCAGUUCACGACCAGGAAGACCCCCCAAGCGCUCUCUGGGGGUUGCAAUACAAGAGAACACGCGCCUACUGCCCCACGGAGUACCAGGCAUCUUAUCACCAGGACUUAUCUCCCCAACAGAUAUAAGAACUUUGUUUUUCCCUGAUGAAAGCCACAUAAAGUUUGCAGAGCUCAAGACCCUUCAAAUACAAGGUCUAACAGCAGCUGCCAUGGCAGAGGCGAUGAAAUUACAGAAGAUGAAGCUGAUGGCCAUGAAUAGCCUUCAUGGAAGUGGGAGUCAGAAUGGGACAGAAUCUGAGAAUGAGGAACUGAAUUCCAAUGCAGGUGGAAGUGAAUCUUCAUGGGAUAAAGAGAAACUUCAGUCACCCAUCCCACCGGGAUCCCAUCAUGGGGUCAGCCAUGCGACACUGGCAGGGCAGCCAAGUCUGGGAAGUGCUCAUCCUCUCAGCCCUCUGCAGCAAAACCACCUGCUCACAAACAGAAUAGAUCUGCCUUUUAUGAUGAUGCCCCACCCACUUCUUCCAGUUGGCCUACCUCCUGCUUCAGUGGCAAUGGCUAUGAAUCAGAUGAACCAUCUCAACACUAUAGCUAACAUGGCCGCUGCAGCUCAGAUGCACAGUCCUCUCUCAAGAGCAGGAGCUUCAGUUAUAAAGGAGAGAAUUCAUGACAGCCCUUCACCAGCCCCAUCCAUGGAAGAGAGUCAGCGGCCCGGGAGUCAUGCCUCUUCACACCAGAGCAGCAGCAUUUCAAGUUCUCCAUCGCAGCUUGACAACACAUCAGAUAGAAUUGGCAUGCUGCCAAAUAAUAGAGAGGGUGAACCCGUGGAUCAAGAUCCUGGACCCAACCCAAAGAAACUCCUGAAGGAAAAAGAAGAGAUCCAGAUUGGCAUCCCAAUAAUGGCACCAACCCUAGAGAAGAUCCAACUGGCUGGGCAGACUGUUCCUCCUGGUUUCCGUGCACCUUUUCUUUUUGCAGAUGGAUUGUCAUCUGUAGAAACUUUAUUAACCAACAUACAGGGGUUGCUGAAAGUUGCUGUAGAUAAUGCUCGAGUGCAGGAGAAACAGAUCCAGCAGGAUAAGAAAGAGUUGAAGAUGGAGCUGUGCAGGGAGAGAGAACUGAGAGAGAGUCUGGAGAGGCAACUCACUGCUGAGCUGCAAAACAGAGCAAUAAUUCAAAAGCGCUUGAAGAAAGAGAAGAAAGCCAAGAGAAAAUUGCAAGAAGCUCUUGAGUUUGAAUCAAAGAGGAGAGAGCAAGCGGAACAGGCACUUAAACAGGCAACAUCAGGCGAUAGUCUCAGGAUGCUAAAUGAUGCUGGGAUUCCAGACAUGGAGACUGAACGCAAUGGAACCCAACAUGACAGUGCGCCAAUGCAAGAUUUCUCCACCUGUGGCCCUCCAGAUAUCGUUUGUCUCAAGCAGCAAAAUCUCUCAGGCCGGUCUUGCCCUUGGAAACCGCCACUGUUUCCUCAGCAUGCAAGUCUUAACUCUUCACUCUUGUGUGGGCGUCCAGCAGGCAGUUGCAUUGUAAAGCCGAAGAAAAGAUUCACAUUUGAAUGUUCUUCUGUUUCAGUUGCCAUAACUCACUUGCGGGGCCAAAUGCAAGGAUGGUGCAUCAACCAAUUUUUAUCAACCAAUCUCCGUUUCCCAUAAAAUAAACAUACUGGGUGUCAUUAAGUGCACCUUCAGAUCAAUGAUUUUUGCAAAUGACAUUCAAGUACCGUUCGAGUGGUACAUUUUUUGCUGAUAAAAGCAAAUUAAAUUAGCACAACUACAAGCGGUGCUGAUAAAAACUGAAGCUCGAACAGCAGCACCAUUAGCUAACAAAGUAAUAUUUUCUCUUUACUGCUUUCUGCCAUUUAGUUAUUAUCCUAUUGGAAAUCUAAUUAUAAUCCUUUUACUCCCCAGUCAAACUUCACAGUUUUUGCAAGCUUAGCACUGACAUGUGAUUUCAUUACGUUUGAUUGCUCGCACCCAGAUUGACUUAACUUCACUCGGAGACCUAAAAGCCCUCUCAGUUUCUCAGAUUCCCUGUUUGCACAUUACAGCAACAGCUCCUUUAAUUAAUUAGCAUGAACAGCAGUAACAUGAACUGCUGAACAGAAAAUAACAUCAUUUUAUGAUCGCAGGGAGACUUCUCCUUUUGCAUGUUUAUACCUUAGUUAACUUUUGUAUAUUAUUAUAUUUCAUUUAGUAAGAGCCUGUAGGUGCAAAAAAGAGGAAAAUAAUAACCAAUGCUAGUGUUUCAUCUCUCUCUUCUUCUAUAAAAAUAAGAGUUAAUACUCCUUCAUAUUACAGAUGUACCAACACAGUAAACAUGAAAAUCUUCACGUUUAAAAAACAAAAUAACAGCAAACUUGUAGGGUGAUUAAGUUGAGCACAUUUAGAGGCCAGUGAUUUCAUUUGGAAAGUCUUGACAAUAUUAGUGAGACCUUAAAAGAAGGCCUGAGCAGAAUCUUCUGAAAUAGAAUAUUUUGAAUUUGAAAGUUAGAAUGGUGGGAGGUAUCCCUUCUUUGCCACCUUAUUGUAGUUCUGGCAGCAGCAGUAACCACAUUCCCUGCCACUGUUCAGCAUCCAUUUUUUGCUUUAGUUGCAGCAGAAAAUAUGAGCCUCACUCUGGUUUGGCUUCAUGAUAUCAUCACAAAACCAUUUUAUUGUCCUCACUCUGAAUUGGCUUUGUUGGAUCAUCAUGAAACCAAAUCAGAGUGAGGGCAUUGCUUUCCUGCUCUUGCUCUCAUGUUGCAUUAUGCAGCUAAAAGAAAUAACAGGUGCCACUCAUCAACAUGGGGUACCACCAGCAUUGCCAGUGGCAGAAACAGAACUGGCAAACUAUUUGUCUCUGUUCCCACCCCAUCCUGAAGAAUCACUGGAAAGGGGAACUCUUUGUACAUCUUGAAAAGGGUGAUGAAAUUGAGGGGAUGAGACUGACGCUUAGGAGCUCCAGUUUUGAUUGUAUGUAAUCUGGAAUAGAGUUAAAGCACCAAUCAGCUAGUAUGCUUUGCUAAACCCCCUUCUCACUAAAUUACUGUAUGACCUAAGUAAAGAGGAACAAUUCAAAUAUGUGGGACCCCCUCCUUCAGAAAUGGUACAGUCUAGCAUUAUAGUUUGCUCAUUGGACAGUUUUAUUGGUCCUCACUGAGGACUAUCAAGGACAAGAGCAGAGCUGUUCUCCCUAGCAUUUACUUACUUACUUACUUACUUACUUACUUACUUACUUACUUACUUACUUACUUACUUGUUUGCUUGCCAUUUAAUUACCAAAGACUCUACAUGUAGGGAGAGAUUUGAACACACAGCAGUGUAUUCAAACAUGAAGUCCUGCCACCUACACUCUUGACGUUUCCAGUCCCUGGAGAGCAUAUGAACUGGCCUGUAGAAGCUGUGCUUGGGGCAAGAUUCAACUAAAUGUAAAAAAUCUGUUGUGUGCAUGUGCCCACAGUGCCAGCAAUUUCAUUGAGCAACAUCAAAUGAGCCACUUACUGUGCUCUAAUGAGCAUGCACUGAGAAUUAAGGGAAGAGUUGCAGCACAUUGGUAAGAUCACCUACUUUGCCCACAGAAGGUGCCAGGUUCAGUCCCUGGCACCUGCAGGUAAGGCUGAGGAACAAACCCUGCCUGAAGCCCUAGAAGAGCUGCUGCCAGUCAAUGCAAACAGUAGUGAGCUAAUGGACCAGUGCUCUGACUCAGUAUAAGACAGCCUCCUAGGUUGCUAUUAAGAGUCCCACCUCCAAAAUUACUGAGUCCCCCCCCCCUUUUCUUCCAUGAUACCAAAUAUAGAACAGAGGGAGACAUCUAUACUAUGUAAUAACAACCCUGUUAGGAAAGAAAAUAUCAUCCAAAGGGGAAAUUACCAUCAUUAACAUAGGAUUUGGCUCACAGGCAAAAUUGUGAGAUCUUUAUUCAUGCUACACAAUGUACUGGGUCUGAAAACCCUUUCUAAAUGUCUUGCUUAUUAAGGCAGUCAUGCAUUUCACGGUAGGUUGUAAAGCAGCCUAUCAUGCACUGGGGGCUCAUAAGCAUAUUUUAGUGUUAGGGAAUAUCAUUUAUACCCUUUUUAUAUUGUCAAUAUUAUCCCUAGAGAAUUAAAUUAUGCUUUAAACUACUGUAAAUCCACAGUUUGGCUCACCUUUGUCUAAUUUCAUUUUUUAAUAGAAUGAAGCCCACAUAAAUGAAUAUUUGAUUAUGGGAUAAACCUAAUAAAAUAAUACGUUUAUGGCCCAAAGAUUUAUUUAAAAUCUUCACUAUGUAAUACAGUAAAAAAUGCUAUAAAAUGGAAACAUCAAUAGGUCCUGAACAUUCCAUACAGGAUGAAUUUUUGACCUUAGCUUCUUUUCUUAUUCAACCAGUUUGCACAAAGCUUGAACAAUGAAAAAGAUUUUGGUGGAUUUGGGAAUGGGAAAGAAGUGGGAAAUAAGGUAGUAGGCAUAAUAUCAUAGGACUGGUUCCCACAUCCACCCUUAUUGAAUGAGUGCAGUGUCAAGGUGCAUCUUGAAUGUGUGAGUCUCAGAUUGAACAUCCAUCUGUAUCUCAAAGUCAACACCUAUGCAACUCUUAAAUGCAAUAACUCCCAUGGUGGUUUAACAACAACUAAAAACUCAUAUCAAUAAAAAAAAAAUACAAGCCCCAAUAAAACUCGCCACAAUUAAAUAAGUAGGACAAAAAGAGCAAUAAAAUCAAAUGGAGUAAAACUCCUCAAGUUAUGAAAGCCCAGGGAAAGUAAAGAAAAAUAUUUGCCUGAUGAAAAGGCAUACAGUCACAGUAACACAUAAUUGUGGAGUUGGAAGGGAAACCCUAAGGUCAUCUAGUCCAACCCCUUGCAAUGCAGGGAUCACAGCUAAAGUAUCCCUGAUGGAUGGCCAUCCAACCCCGCUUAAAAACCCCCAAUGAAGGAGAGUCCACCACCCAAGAGAGUCCGUUCCACUGUUGAACAACUCUUACCACCAUAAUGUUCUUACUGACAUUUAGUUGGAAUCUCUUGUAACUUGAAUCCAUUGGCUCAGAUCCUACCCUUCAGAGGAGAAUAAAACAAGCUUACUCCAUGUGACAGCCCUUUAGAUCUUUGAAGAUGGCUGUCAUAUAUUCUCUCAGUCUCCUCUUAUCCAGGCUAAACAAACCCAACUCCCUCAAACAUUCGGUGCCAGGUGAGCCUCCCUAGGGACAGAGGAGGUCACAGCAGAGAAGGUGCUUUCCCUACCCAGUGACAUUUAUUAUCAUCAACAUCUCUUACAUUUGCAUUGUCACUAAUAAUGUAUGUUCUAUGGGCUGCUCACAGAAAUGCGUCAUCUGUGUUCUGCAAGCAAGGCAAUGGUAAAUAGUGGUAAUAGUGACACAAAGCCUGUAUACUUAAUAGCAGCUAAUGUGAAAUUGUUACUACAUAACACAGACUGGCUGCAUCCAGAAAUCACAAUAAACAAUGGUGUCAUAAUGGAAUGACCUUAGCUGGUGUGGCUACAAGGAGGCAUUUGGAAGCUUUGGUUUCUGUUUUCAGUUAAUUGUGGCUUGCUGUAUUGUCCAAACCUGACAAAUGAUCUUAAUUAUGAUUUGCUUCAAACUGUGGUUUCAACAAACCAUAGAUUAAUCACAAUUUGGGCUUGCAAUGUAAUGCUAAACUGUGGUUACAUGAAACCAGAAGCAAAAGUUUUCAAACUUCCUAACAAACUGGGGCAGGGGGCUGCUAAUUUGGUGAUCUGAUCAAGGUUCAAAGUUGCACAUUAGCAAACCAGAGAAUUAGGGAAUAGUGCAUACCCAGUGAUAAAUACCACAGACUCAAGAUUAUAACUGAAACAAAUCCAUCAGUUUAUUGACAUGCAGUGCUUCAUUCAAAGCGUAUUAUUACCUUCAUAUGGAAGAUAAUGAUACUCUGAACUUGAAACGGAACUUGGCAACAUAAAGCAAUGAAAGAUAAGCAAUAUGGUACUUAGAAACUAAUACGGGUUGAGAAUGGCAUAAUAGCAUUAUAAUUACAUUGACAAAGCAAUCAGAGUCAUUUGAAUGAGCAUCUUAAGCUUUCUAUUUCCAACUCUUAACUGAUGAUUUGGCCUCUUAUCAUCCUUCAGCUCACCUAGUUAUCAGACAGAAUAGAGUGGGACUAUUAUUUCCUUUGAUCUGGCCACUAUACUUCUGUUGAUGCAGCAUAGAAUAGCAUUAACUGGGUUGGGGUUUUUUUUUACAUCACUUUGAGACAUGUGUAUGGAAAGCAAUUUAUAAUAUAUUGUUAAUAAUAACAUCAGUAAUAAUGAUGUGCAGAGAAUCAUUUCCUUUCUUCUUUCAUUGUUGCUGCCUCUCAGCUCUGUCUGGGCAACAAUGAACUUUAUUCCCAAAUGCUAGGCAUGCUGAGAAACACAGAAAUGAGGAUAAGGUAUGGAACAUAGAAAUUAAGCCUUGGAGUACUGCGUUUAGUUCUGAACACCACAAUUUAAUAAGGAUGUUGACAAGCUGAAAUGCCUGUAGACGAGCGCAGCCAAGAUGAUCAAGGGUCUGGAAACCAAACAUAUGAGGAACUGUUUAGGGAAUUGUGUAUGCUUACCCUGGUUAAGAGGAGACUAAGAGGAGAUAUGAUAGCCAUUUCCAAAUAUCUAAUGGGUUGCCACAAGGAGGAGGAUGGAGCAAGUUUGUUUUCUCCUGCUCCAGAGGAUUCAAGUUACAAGAAAGUAGUUUCCAACUAAACAUCAGGAAGAGCUGUUCAGCAGACUCCCACAACAUGUGGUGGGCUCUCCUUCCUUGGAGGUUUUUAAGCAGAGGUUGGGUGGCCAUCUGUCACGGAUGCUUUAAUUGAGAUUCCUGCAUUAUAGGAGGUUGCACUAGAUUCCUCUCUGGGGUCCUUCCAACACUACAAUCCUAUGAUUCUAUGCAAUUAAAACAGCUUUAAAAACAAUUGUUUUAAAAAUUAAUAUCAAGUAGACCCCCAUGGCAGAGACCUAUUCAUCUGGCUGAGAAACCUUGUUGGAACAAAAAUGUCUUCGAUUGUUUCUGGAAAAUGCAGAUAGUGGUUGCCUGUCAUAUCUCAACAGGAAUGCUGUUCCACAUAACAGGGGCAGCCACAGUGAAAGCCCUGCUCUGAGUUACUGUGGAUCCGGCUUCUGGUGCACUUGGGACUUGAAGGAGAAGUUCUCCCACAGACUGCAGUGACCUACUUGGGUAUACAGUAUAAGGGAUAAAGUAGUUUCUUGUGCAGUAUUGAUCAGGAAAUGGAACAUAAUUGCCCAUCUUUUCCAUCAUUACUUGAUUUGCGUAGGCAAGCUACGUGAGUUGUAGACCUUGAAUGUCCAUAAUCUAACUAGGGGAAAGUGUAUUUGGGGUUCAUGCUUGUCCAGCAUUGCUUCAUUAAGAUCAUGGUCUAACCAACUCAUCCCAGCACAUUCUAUUUUCAAUAAUGUUGGAAGCACUGUUAGGUUUUUCUUUUCUUUUUUGUGCUCUUUAGCAUCUUAUUCUGCUAACAUUGUGCUUUUCCAAGAUGCCAAGGUCUCAUAUGACUGUCACUGAGCGAGCUGGCUAACAGUUCCAAGCAGCCUUCGCAGAGUGGACCAGAGUUGAACUUUCCCAUCCUUGCCAUCCAUUUUGAUCCAUCAUGGCUGCUCUGCUGUUGGGUGAAGCUUGCUGAAAUGGCUUGUGCCUUCAUGCCUAGCAGGGCCCAGAUUAACAGAGACUAGGCUCAUUCCCAGAGCAAUAAACCAUGGUCUGUCAUGACAUCUGAACAUAUCCAUUAUCUGCCUACCAUCAUCUGUUCAUUAUUUUUCUGUAAAAUAUGCUUCCUGUAUAUUUUAUACAGGCCAUACCCUUGACCUACCAUUGUCCACCAUACGUGACCUUGCCCCAUGGCUGCUAGACUCCAUUCUGGGCCCUGUGACUCAUGGAAAGCAGCACUUCGCUUAUGUGAAAUGUUGAAAGUUGUUUACUCUUUGCCCAAGCCCCUGUGGAUCUCAUGGCAGUAAUGUUGCACCACUAUAAAGACCUCCACAGUCCAGUUCUCCUGGCAUCCUUUUUGAGGUUCCCAGGCUCCUGGACAUUCCUCUGGCAAUCAUUUGUCCCUGGUAUUUAUUCGUGUUUAUGUCCAAGCUCCAUAUUAGAUCAUCACUGUUUGGAAAGCACAAGCCCUCUUAAAAACAUGAAACAUUCAAUUACUAAUUAGCUGUUUCCUGUUUGUAAUAGAGUGAACAUGCUGGAUGUGGAUUAAAAUUCAGCUCCUGCACUCGGCUGUUUAUAGUUCCAGAUGUUUUUGUUUUAUCUAGGAGUUUACUUUGACAGCUCCCGUUAAAUGAUAAAUCACUCAUAUUAUAGCUGAAAUGCAUUUCAAAAUUGAAAUGUAGCAAAACUUGGUGAUUGCUCCAAGGAUCUGUGUCGGUUAGCCGGUCAAUACAGGUUCUUUCCUUAUGAAGAUUUGGUAUUGGCAUAUGUAAAACAGUAAUGGGAGAUAUGUCAACAUUAUACACAUGCCGGUUGGGUUGAUCAUUUUCCUACAGCCUCCAAAAGCAGUAGUUGCUGGUGCAGCUGUUUGGACUUUAAAUGUAUUCUAAGACUAAUAGGAAUAUAGAUUUGCAUUCCUUUUCGCUCUCCGUAGACUCCUUCCACCCCCCACCACCACUGCCUGAACUUAAAACAGCAUAUUUCUUAUCAUUAAGAAAAGAGCUUGGUGUCUGUUUGCUUUUCCAGAUAAAGAGGAAUGCAGAAAACAAAGGUGAUAGAAGUGGCUUCCCCUCCCAAUCCCAGGAGUAGAUAUUGAUUUACUAACCGUGCUGAUUUGUAAUGCAGUCUUUUAUGUUUUAAAAUAGGCCCUCUUGCAGAUGGAUUGGGCAUGUGAUGAGCUUAAUUCAUUUUGUAGACUAAUGGAAGUAUUCACUUGAUUCACUCAACACCUAUUUAGGUCUCUCAAUUUCAUAUUCCAGGUUUUAUUCAAGAAUAUAUGCAAAAACAAAAUGAAUUAAGCUAUUUCAGUCUAGGACCUCACAUUGGUACUGCCAAGGCCUGGAUAAAGGGCAGGCCAGCUGCAGGAGAUCAGGACCAUGGCCAGCUCUUGUGUGGAUUGGGUGUCAUGGAAUGGCUGUAAAGGCACUAAAAGCAGCAAGUUGGGAUGUUGCUGCAGCAAUAGUCCAAAGUCAACUAGAUUUUUUAUAGUUCUGCACCAAAGAGGUUUUCUUUAACUCCACCCCCUCUGAGGAAGCUUGCAACUGAAAGAGCUUGUAUGCUGUUUUUCAGGCAUUGGCUUUGGUGGGGCAGGGAGGGAGGUCCUGUUUGGUGGUGUCAAGCUUCAGGGAAUCGACUCCCCCCCCCCCCGGCAGUAGAUAAGCAGAACAAAGGGAAAGGGAGUCUUCUUACCAGUUAGAAACUUUAAUGAUCACAGCAAGAGAAUAAAGAACCCAUCUACUAGGAAUGGUGCUGCUCCCAAUUAAGAAUUUCACCUCCUUACAUCUCUAUUUAUCCAUGUUACUUCUGCAUCUUGAAAUCUGAGCUUGUAGCCCCUGUGCUUUGUGUGCUUUCUGUUCUGCCACUUUCUCAGCUCUUCUUGACCUUGGGAAGAGCAGAGGAGUGUUUUCCAGAGGCAGGGAAUCUGUUAAUCCUCUCUCCCCCAGUGUUUCUUCUCCUAGCUAUUCCCCAGUAUUUCCCAGCUUCUGCCUUCUGAACUAUGUUCCUCUGCAAACCACUGUUCCAAAUCUAUACUGUCCUCCAUCUCCUGGGAAGAUUCAGGAUCCAAGGGGAGGGGGAGGCUCCCACCAUUCCUCUUCAGUGCAACCCUCUUCAGCAUGGUCUCUGACAGGUGGUAGUGGUAGGGUACCCUCCCACACCGAGAAGGGUUCUGAAGAGGAGGCACCCUCAAAAGAGAACAGGGCAGAUCUUGGCAGUGCUGACUCCCUGGGUUCUCUGGAAAGGCAGAUAUUUCCAGGUAUGACUCCUAUCCCAAGUCCCCACCCCACCCCCACCAUGAAGGUCUGACUUAAACUUGUUGCUUAUUGUCAUACUUUUAAGCAGAAAAGAAAAUGUUAAGCCUUUUUAAAAGCAAAAAUAAAUCUAAUUGGUCAUAAACUAGUUGUUGAUUCCUAGUUUGCUGGAUGAGGUCUUGAAGUCUUGCAUGGAAUCUUAAGUGCAUGACCUCCCGGCAGAACUAUCUAGCACCUUGGAUUUAGCAAAGUUUUGUUUUUAUUAACUUAGAAAGGAUCUAGAGUCUUACUGGGGGGAAACCCAGCCAGGUGGGCGUGGUGUAAAUAAUAAAUUAUUAUUAUAAAUUAUUAUUACUACUAGAGCUUCUUUUUUAAUGUUCUGCAUAGCUCUUUUGCUCUUAUUUGACUAGUUCAGCCCAUAAUGAUUUUGCCAAACCCAUAAAGGCUUAAAGUCAGGAACCAAUGAAGGCUUUUCUGCUGUAGAGCAAAUUCUGCUUCCAUUCAUUUUUGCUCCUCUAAUGACAUGCAUACCUGACUCUGAAUCCAGUACAGGUUGCCCCCCCCCAAAAAAAAAAAUGGCUAAGAUUUUCUGCUUUUAAAAAAUUGAUGUGGCGGGUAUGUUUAGCAGGUUCAAUGUUUAUUUUUGCACUUAGGUAUGUUUUUAAGCUGGUCCAUUGUUUUCUAUCAUCAUCAUCAUUGCCAUCAUCACUACUAUUACUAUUGCAUUGAUCCAUGCAGAGGAGGGGAAGUGAGUUCAUAAUUUCCACAAGGGCCAGCCAAUCAGCACCUUGCACAGCCAGAAUCAGGAAGAAAUGGGUUGUUCCUGAGCUCAGCUCUUUUAGAAAGGUUGUAUGUCUGACCCAAGCGAAGUGAAGGCGGAUCCACAACAGGCUCACCAUCUUUGUCUAUCUAUACAGAGCCUUACAAAUAUUGUUUGUAUAUUUACUCAGAAGGAAUUGCCAUGGUACAUGUCUCACUUCUUGCUGUACUCAAAGUCUUACUUUUACUCUAGCCAAUCAGGAUAUUCCUGCAUUUGCAGAUUUGAAACGUGUGUGAUUCAUAAAUAUUGAUUUUAACUCAGCCUUUUCAAAAGUGCAAAUAUUAGAUUUAUGUAAUUACCAUGCUGUGUUCUUCUUUUUUUCUUCCAGAAAACAGAGCAUACAUCAAACCUACCAUUAUGUACUGAAGACAGUAAAAAUGAAGGGGUGGGAUGGGGAAAAAUAUAAUGAUCACUAUUUGAAGACUAUAUAACUCAUGAACGAAGUCCCUUCUAACCUUUGAUGCCUUCAGUGUUCUGCGAAGGACAGGAUUGGUAGCAUUGAAAUGUGGACAGUGUGAAGCAAUUUACUGUUCCUGUGUUGAAAACUGCCAAAAUGUCAUUGAGAAAUAUUAUGACUUCUUUCAAGCUUUCUGUACUAUACCAAACCUGUUGUAGCAAUUCAUUUUAGGCCCCAGAGGAUAGAGAGGGAGGGGGUAAAAGUUUUACUAUAUUUAAGCACACACAAGAAUGAUUCCCCAAAAUAACUAACUUCCCACCUCCCCAAGGAGUUAGCUAUUACAGUAUAGCAAUGGCACAAUGAAUAAAACAAGCCGCAAAGGUUCUCACUGGCUGUAUGUCCUACAGGCCCAGUGUUAGCACUGAAACUGCUCAACAUAGAGCCGUUUCAAUUGUGUUUAUAAAUUUAAGCUUUGUUUACUGAAGCUGAAACUCAAUAUAUAAUACAUUUCGAAGAUAAAAGUAUGUACAUUUUUUAUUAUGAUAACGAUGUAAAAAUUGUCCUUUCCUUAGAUGAGCAAUCUGAGAGGGUGUGAACUUAACCUACAAUAGCUGAUGUAAUAAGGGGAUUAUAAAUUGAUGCAACAUCAUCAUCAUUAUUAUUACAUUAUUAUUAUUAUUCUCAGUUCCGCUUGGCUUUUGGUCUUUCAAGAAGAAUGGGGGGAGGGGAGGAUGACUAUAUGGUAGAAUAUUAGACAAUAGAAAUUUUAAAGUAUAGUUUCUCUGUUGUACAAUAUUAAGUUAAAGGUACACAUUCUUUGUUAAAAUGUUCUUGCUAAAAACAGCAGUA